CUCGUCUGUCGCCGUGAUCCAGCGAGCCGGCCGGCCAUGGCGGCGGGGUCGAUGAUCCGGGUGACCAUGGAGGUGGGAGCCGACGGCGUCGCGCUCAUCACCAUCUGCAACCCGCCGGUCAAUGCGCUGCAUCCCACCAUCUUCGACGCGCUCAGGGAGAAGUACGCCGAGGCCAUGCGCCGCGACGACGUCAAGGCCAUCGUUCUCACUGGUGCUGAAGGAAAAUUCUGCGGAGGUUUCGACAUAAAUACGUUCUCCCAGAUUCAUAGGACUGGAGACAUGUCACUUCUGCCAAACUCUGUUGAGAAUGUAUCAAAUAUGAUGGAAGAGGGCAAAAAACCUUCUGUUGCAGCCAUUCAAGGCCUUGCGUUGGGUGGUGGACUGGAGUUGACUAUGGCUUGUCAUGCUCGUAUAUCUACCCCUGAAGCUCAGCUUGGAUUACCGGAGCUAACUCUUGGCAUAAUUCCUGGAUCUGGGGGAACCCAGCGUCUUCCGAGGCUUGUGGGUUUGCCCAAAGCAAUAGAAAUGAUGCUGCAAUCAAAGUUCAUUGCAGCAAAGGAAGGGAAGGAACGUGGUCUCAUUGAUGCCCUUUGCUCCCCUGAUGAAUUGAUAAAGAUAUCACGCCUUUGGGCUCUGGAGAUUGCUAAUUGUCGUAAACCUUGGAUAAGAUCUCUUGGCAGAACAGAUAGACUUGGUUCACUGUCUGAAGCUCGUGCUGUAUUAAGUACAGCAAGACAGCAAGCAAAGAAGGUUGCGCCAAACAUGCCACAGCACCAGGCCUGCCUUGAUGUAAUUGAAGAAGGUGUAUUAUUUGGAGGCCAUGCUGGUGUUCUGAAGGAAGGUAAGGUUUUUAAGGAGUUGGUGCCAUCACCAACAUCAAGGGCACUUGUCCAUGUCUUCUAUGCCCAACGUUCCACCAUAAAGGUGCCAUGUGUUACUGAUGUUCAACUGAAACCUAGGCAAAUUAGAAAAGUUGCCGUUAUUGGUGGUGGCCUGAUGGGCUCUGGAAUCGCAACAGCAUUUCUUGUUGGCAACAUUUCUGUUGUGCUCAAGGAAGUAAACCCUCAGUUUCUGCAAAGGGGACAAAAGAUGAUAGCAGCUAAUCUUGAGGGCCUGGUCAAAAGAGGCUCACUUACAAAGGACAAGAUGAACAAGGCCUUGUCACUUCUCAAAGGUGCUCUUGACUAUUCGGAUUUCAAGGAUGUCAAUAUGGUUAUUGAGGCUGUUGUAGAGAAGAUUCCUUUGAAGCAAUCAAUAUUCGCUGAUAUUGAGAAGAUCUGCCCGCCACAUUGCAUACUUGCUACAAACACAUCUACCAUUGAUUUGAAUAUUGUCGGCGAGAAGACACAUUCUCAAGAUAGAAUUAUAGGCGCACAUUUUUUCAGCCCCGCUCAUAUUAUGCCCUUGCUUGAAAUUGUCCGGACAGAGAAGACAUCACCACAAGCUAUCCUUGAUCUCAUCACAGUUGGGAAGAUAAUAAAGAAGGUCCCUGUUGUGGUUGGCAACUGUACAGGAUUCGCAGUUAACCGUACAUUUUUUCCUUACACACAAGCCUCCCAUCUUCUAGUUAGUCUUGGCAUCGAUGUUUUCAGAAUUGAUCGAGUAAUAAGCAGCUUUGGCAUGCCAAUGGGACCUUUUCAACUCCAAGAUGUGGCUGGGUAUGGAGUGGCCUUGGCAGUAAAGGACAUCUAUGCUGCUGCCUUUGGAGAACGAAAUUUAAACUCUGAUUUAGUGGAUUUGAUGGUACAGAAUGGGCGGCAGGGAAAGAUCAAUGGCAAAGGUUAUUACAUGUAUGAGAAGGGUGGGAAGCCAAAGCCUGACCCUAGUGUUCAACAUGUGAUUGAGGAGUACCGAAAACGUGCAAAGACAAUGCCUGGUGAAAAGCCUGUUACUUUAACAGAUCAAGAUAUAGUGGAGAUGAUUUUCUUCUCAGUUGUGAAUGAGGCUUGCAGGGUUAUGGAUGAAAAUGUUGUGAUUCGGGCUUCUGAUCUUGAUAUUGCAUCUGUUCUCGGGAUGGGCUUUCCCAAGUACAGGGGUGGUCUUGUCUUCUGGGCUGACACUGUUGGAGUACCUUACAUACAUUCAAAGCUAAGCAAGUGGGCUGAAAUUUACGGUGCCUUCUUCAAACCGUCAUCGUAUUUGGAACAAAGAGCUAAAAGCGGUUUACCACUGAGCGCACCAAGCACAUGUCAGCAAAGUUCGACAAGGUCACGCAUGUGAGGUGCUGUUUUAGCAGUUGGCAGAGCAAUCGCUGCUCGAUGAGCAUCGAGCGUUCAGUUGAUACACAUUUAUGAACUCAAAAGGAGGCCCAGAAAAUGUCAUAUUUUCCACCAUUUCCUAACCGGGAUAGGCUUCUACAGAAUUUAAAUAAUGGCUAUGCUUUCUUUUGCAAUGGUAUAGUUUUCAUGCCUGAAAACUGUUACUAUGGCAAAGACUCCAGUCUAUCUGCUCAAUCUGUAUGUGGCACAAUCAUCUGUAACAAGUAGAAUAACGGAUAUGCGGCCUCCCAGUUUCCGGUGUGUUCUUUAAGAUACUGCAAUCAAUACAUAAUCUUCUUAGCAAGUUGUAUCCAGUUCAGGCGAAUCUUACUAACAUUCUGGCCAAGCUCAAUGCAUCAUUUUUUUUUGGCUC